AUGGGUGUGUCAAUGAGAUGGGUGACACUGGUGCUCUUGUUUUCUUUCCUUAUACAGGUAUGGAGGCUCAGUGUUCAUGCAGACAUCGACUUGCGAAAGAUACACCAAGACUCACUUGAAGUGAUUAAAAAUAGACAGGAUCCGAUUAGGAAUCGUUUACAGCUUGCCAAGCUGAAGCCAGCAACUAAUUCUUACGUGCACGGUGUUUUCCCCAAGCCUGUAUCAAAUCCAAAACUUGAAAACGCAACUAUUUUGAUGCUCUGCCGAAAUUGGGAGCUUUCAGGGGUGCUCAAAUCAAUGCGAUCAUUGGAGGAUAGAUUCAAUAAGGACUAUCAUUACACAUGGACUUUCCUGAACGAUGUGCCUUUCACAGACAAGUUCAUAGAGGCCACGACUCAAAUGGCCAGUGGCCCAACACAAUACGGUUUGGUGCCUGCGGAGGAUUGGAAUGUUCCUGCGUAUGUCAACGAAACGAAGAUGGAUGAGUGCUUGAUUGAUUUUGAGAACAGAGACGUUAUUUAUGGCGGGUCCAGAUCAUACAGAAAUAUGUGUCACUUUAACUCUGGGUUUUUCUUCAAGCAAGAGUUGGUACAACAGUACGAUUAUUACUUUAGGGUGGAGCCCGAAGUUGAGUAUUUCUGCGAUUUCCAAAUGGACCCGUUCCGCUUGCUACGAGAGAAUAAGAAGAAGUAUGGAUUUGUGAUGACGCUUUUAGAGUACGAGAACACGAUUCCUUCGCUUUGGAACGCUGUGGAAGAUUUCAUGAACCUGCACCCCGAGUACAUUCAUCCCGAUUCACUUUUCGACUUUGUAACCAACGACGAACCAAUUGGUACCGGCAGGCUUGUCGUGGAACACAACUCGUCGUACAACCUUGCACAUUUCUGGUCGAAUUUCGAGAUUGGGGAUCUGAAUUUCUUCCGGUCAGAGGCAUACGAGUCAUAUUUUGAUCAUCUGAGUCGCACUGGCGGGUUCCAUUACGAGAGAUGGGGAGAUGCUCCCGUUCACUCCAUCGCCGUUGCGCUUCUCAUGAACCAAUCGGAGAUCCAUCAUUUCGAGGACAUUGGGUACACUCACGCUCCUUUUGCUACGUGUCCAACGUCACAGAGCAUCAUCUACGGCAAAAGAUGUGUUUGUUCAGAGGCGUGCAAGGAGGACAACUUCAACGUGCACCCACACAGCUGUCUUCCUCGGUAUUGGAAGUACAACGGUAAGAGAUUUCUGCGAGAAUAUUACCAUGAAGAAGAUUAUAUCUAA